AUGCACAAGCGCAGCAGCUUCUCCUCCUUCCUUGGCUUCCAGUACCAGCCGCUAGCGCGCAGCUCUGAGCUGUUCUUGACGUACGCGAUUGAGGGGCUAACGAUUCUUGUGGGGGCGACGGCGGCGGACAUGGACCCGUGGGUCGGGCAGCAGCCUUCCCUGAGCCUCGACCUCAACGUCGGCCUUCCCACGGCGAGGCCGACGGUUCCGGCGAAGACGACCAAGGUCUUGGUCCAGGAGAACUUCUUGGCCGUCAAGAAAGACCGAGAGGUGGAGGCGCUGGAGGCGGAGCUCCGGCGCGUCGGCGAGGAGAACAAGCGGCUCAGCGAGAUGCUGCGGGCGGUGGUGGCCAAGUACACGGAGCUGCAGGGCCAGGUCAACGACAUGGUGGCCGCCGCCGCCAACCGCGGGUCCUCCACCACGUCGGAGGGCGGCUCCGCGGCCUCGCCGUCAAGGAAGCGCAUCCGGAGCGGCGACAGCCUCGACACCGCCCAACACCACCACAACCGCAAGCCGUCGUCGCCGUCGCCGUCGUUCGCAGCCGCCGUCGCGGCCCACGAGCAGACGGAGUGCACGUCGGCCGCCGUCAGAGUCACCGCCGCCGCCUUCCGGCGCGCCGUCCGGGAGGAGUGCAAGCCCAAGGUGUCCCGGCGAUACGUCUACGCCGACCCCUCUGACCUCAGCCUCGUGGUGAAGGACGGGUACCAAUGGCGGAAGUACGGGCAGAAGGUAACCAAGGACAACCCGUGCCCGCGCGCCUACUUCCGGUGCUCCUUCGCGCCGUCGUGCCCGGUGAAGAAGAAGGUGCAGCGCAGCGUGGACGACAGCACCAUCCUGGUGGCCACGUACGAGGGCGAGCACAACCACGGCCAGCCGCCGCAGCACGACGGAGGCAGGGCCGCGAGGUCGACGGCGGCGCCGGCGCCGGAGGCGGGCGAGGCCGUCGUACGACUGGCGGCGGCGCCACUGCCGCUGCAUCACCAGCACCAGCGCCAGCAGCAGCAGCAGAAGCAGAAGCAAGAGGCGGCGACGACGGGGCCGUCGUCGGAGGCUGCGAGGAAGAACCUCGCGGAGCACGUGGCGGUGACCCUGACCGGGAUUCCCGGGUUCAAGGCGGCGCUAGUCAGCGCUUUCUCCGGCCGCAUCCUCGAGCUCACCCCGACCAGGGGUUAA